AUGCGUCCCCUGCUGCAUCCCCGGCCAUCUUCUCCAGCCAGCAUCUGGCUUCCGUGUUCCGGUCCCUGCGAGCGUCGGGAUGUACGGGGGCCGGAAACGGCGGCAAAUUUAAAAAUGUUUAGAAACUGUCAUUUUCUUAGAAAUGAUGUAUCAAACCAUUUCACAUACAUUUUGUCACUACUGCUUUGUCCUGUGCCCUGCCUGCAUUUUGACUGUUCUUUCUGCCUGGAAACUUAUAAAAGUCCAUGGCGUCCAAAAAGUGUCCCUUUAGGUCAAAAGCGGUUUUAGACCAGCUAGAGAACAGCGAUAGUAAAUCAGAACCACUUGCAGAAUUGA